AUCUGUCAGAACAAUUUCGAGAGAAAAAUGAGGUUAUGGAUGAUCAAAAUAUAAACAAAUAAUUUAGAACAAUAUGUACCGGGAAUUACUUAUAUAUAUUAUAUUAUUAAAAGAUUGUAAUCUAUGUCAUAAUAUUAAGUUUAAAAAUGUCUGAUUCUGAAGAAAUGCGAAUUGUUAAAGAAAUACCCCAAGGAGGUAUUAUUUUGGAAGAAAAACCUUUUGUUUAUAUAUUAUGUUCAAAAUUUAGAACUGAACGAUGUGAUUUUUGUUUGAAAAAGGGUCAACUCUUAAAAUGUUCAGUUUGUCAAUACACUUAUUACUGUGGACGAGCAUGCCAAAAAGAGGGAUGGUCAGUACACAAACUGGAAUGUCAAUAUUUGAAGCAAAUAAGGCCCAGAAUAUUACCCGAUGCUGCUAGAAUGCUAGCAAGAUUAAUUAAAAUUUUGGAGAAAGGAGGGCAUAACACCAGAUCAUUUUAUUCUGAUAAAAAAUAUAGAAAGUUCAAGGAUUUAAUGUCACAUUAUCCAAAUCUCAAAAACGACAAUCCCAGGAUGGAGCAUUUUUCUUCGUUGUAUGGAGUUCUGUAUGAAUUUUUUAGAGGAGAAUCUCUACCAAACUCUGCAGAAUUAAUGGGAAUGUUUGGCAGGAUGUGUGUUAAUUCCUUCAGUAUUUGCAAUCAAGAAUUACAAAGUGUCGGUACAGGAAUUUAUUUAGCUGCCUCUAUUGUAGAUCAUUCCUGUCAACCAACAGCUGUAGUUACUUUCGAAGGAACAACUUUAAUAAUGAGAGCUUUAGAAACACUGCCUAGUCUGAACUGGUCCAAGAUUUUCAUUAGUUACAUAGACGUAAUGGCUCCCAAGAAGGAGAGGCAACUAGAAUUGGAACAAACUUACUACUUCACUUGUCGAUGUCCAAAAUGUAUUAAUCCGGAACCAGUCAUAUACAUGAUGGGAGCUGCAUGUCCAAAUUUGGAUUGCGAUAAUUGUAUAGAUAGUGCUUCUGUACAAUCAAACGAUACAUGUUCAAAAUGUGGGUCAGUAAUUACUGGCGAAUUCAUACAAACAUUCUGGGAUGUUAUGGAAAUGACUUGUACUCAUCUUGACUCCAUGAAAGAAACAAUAUUCCUUGACGUUUGUAAAGUAUGUUUAAAAAAACAAAAAGGUGUUUUUUAUAAAUAUAAUGUUAAACACAUCAAAACACUAGAUUUGGCAUUUGAUAGUAGUAUAGAAUUUGCAAAAUAUGAUGAUGCUGUUGAAUAUGGACUACAACUUGUUAAAUGUUUCCAUGAAUACUAUGGGACUUAUCAUCCGUUGACGGGACUUCUGCAUUUAAAACUGGCAAAGUUAUUACUGUAUCAAAACCGCCCAGGAGAAGCUAUGGGAUAUUUGAAAAGCGCUAAAGAUAUUUUAAGUGUUACUCAUGGAACAAGUAGUUCUUUAUUCAAGGAACAGCUUGUACCACUUUUUCAAGAUAUAAUGUUAGAAGGUGAAAGUUAGUGAAUAAAAGUUUGUCGUGACAUAAAUCUGCUGAAUAUUAUUUUUUGUUUCUUUUUUAACUAAAUAAAACCAUUCAUCUCAA